AUGAAUAAUACGAACACUGCCAAGGCUCUCCUUGACACGGCGAAGACUGCUGUUGAGGAAAGAUUGUCGUUAACUCCUGAGGUAUUGGGACAGGCCGAGAAGGUGUUGAGUGCAGCGCAGAGUGUGGAGACCACAACACGCAGCGCAGUGGAGUGGGCAGCAGACGUAUUAAAGAAGUGCACGACGGGCUGCAGGAAGGAAACCACAGAAAGUGCACGCAACGCAUCGGAAGCCGCAAAGAAGACACACACUGCAGCCACAGAGGCAGUGCAGAAGGCAACAGAGAUGCAAGAGAAGGUCAAGGAAGCAAAUGAGAAGGCCACUAAAGCAGUGGAACUCGCAAAGGCAUCAGUCACUGCAGUAGCAAAGAAUAACGAGGUGUCACUUUUGGCUACAGUCGAAAUGUACGAAAAUGUGACAGCAAAGCUCAAAGAGGCACCUAGACAGAUAGUGGACUCCCUCCGUGUAGUUGAAAAGGCCGUUGUGACAACGGAAAAGGUAUGGAAGAAGGAGUGA